AAUGGCCAAAGCGAUUGGGUGUGUUUUGCGUUCUGCUGCUCGGUCGUAAAAGGAACAUUAAAUUUUCCCUUUUGCUCGGUCACCACCCGUUUGUUAAUUAGUAGUUUUCGGGGUCAUUACUGGACAGAAAGUGAUUCGAUUGUGAACAUUUCGAACGGAUGCUAGGAUGAAACGUGAAUGUGUUGAUUAAAGUGGUGAAACAGGGGUAAAAAUUGCGAUCGCAGAUAGUGAACGUGAAAAUUUGGGUGCAGUCAUCAGCAAUCUUUCGUUUUGCCGCGAUCGAAGAUCAAGAAGUGUCAAUGUGUGUGCUCGAAUGGCUGGGUUGAUUGUGCAUCUGUGUGUUUGAUUAAAGUGUAAUUUUAUGAGGGUGUUUUUUUAUUGCUAGUUAAAGCGAGUCAAAUCGAAAGUGAAACAUAACGGGGAAACUUUCAGCAGGAAAAGUUUGUAUUUCCGUUGUGGAAGUCAACGACCCGAACGACGGAACGAAUGACCAGAUGAAAGCUAUGCAGACCAUUCCGAGAGGCCAAGAUUGAUCCUCGAAAAGGGAUCAGCAAAAUUGUGUGUGCCAAAUUUUGCGCAAAAUAAAUCAUCCAAAUCAAAGAUCAAAAUCGAUCAAUUAGUGUAACGGGCAAAGGUUAAGGAGCAGCAGUCUAAUCAUGUCUCUAGAUUCGAUGGGGCCAUCGGCCGGAAGUCACAGUAUUGGUGGCGGAGGUGGUGGCCGGGAUGGCCACGGAGGAAGCACCGGGGGCAUUGGGACCCUGUCCGGGACCAGAAUGAUCCACUCGCUCAGUACUCCGUCCGGGGUUGAUGGGAGCCUGACGGCUUCACAUUCCCGGGGCGGUAAAAAGCUGGCCGUCAGGAUUCAGAUGCUGGACGACACGGUGACGAUGUUUCAAGUUCAGGCCAAAGCCAUGGGCAAGGUGCUCUUCGAGCAGGUCUGCCGGCAGUUGAACCUCCUGGAGGCCGACUACUUCGGCCUGGAGUAUCAGGAAGCCCCCUCCGGCACCAAAUACUGGCUGGAUCUGGAGAAAUCGCUGAACCGGCAAGUAGGGCUAUCCCUCAUCGAACCGAUGCUGCGGUUUUGCGUCAAAUUCUACUCGCCGGAUCCGAUGCAGCUGGAGGAGGAGUACACCCGGUAUCUGUUCUGCCUCCAGGUCAAGCGGGACUUGGCCACCGGCAGCUUGCAGUGCAACGAUAACACCGCGGCCCUGAUGGCGAGCUACAUUGUGCAAGCAUCCUGCGGUGAUUACGCCCCCGAAGACUACCCCGAUCACACGUACCUUUCCUCGUACCGAUUCGUGCCGCAGCAGGAUCACAACAUGCAGCGACGGAUCAUGGAGAACCACAAAAAGCACAUAGGACAAUCACCGGCCGAGGCGGACGUGAACCUGCUGGAAACGGCCCGGCGCUGCGAGCUGUACGGCAUGAAGAUGCACCCGGCCAAGGACCACGAGGGGGUGCCGCUGAAUCUGGCCGUCGCCCACAUGGGCAUCGCCGUCUUCCAGGGCAUCACCCGGAUAAACACCUUCUCCUGGGCCAAAAUCCGCAAGAUCUCCUUCAAGCGGAAAAAGUUCCUCAUCAAGCUGCAUCCGGAGAACUACAUCUAUCACAAAGACACGGUGGAGUUCUUCUUCGAGGGACGGAACGAGUGUAAAAACUUUUGGAAAAAAUGUGUCGAAAACCACGGGUUCUUCCGGUGUUCCACGGUGCAGAAUGUGCAACGGCGGAAGGCACGGGUGCUUUCCCGGGGAAGUUCGUUUAGGUACAGUGGCAAAACUCAGAAACAAAUAAUCGAAUUCGUCCGGGACAAUUACGUGAAGCGGCAAACAUUUCAAAGCGGAAUGGGAGCGUCGCAGUCAGAGCAACGCCUUGAGGACGCCUUCUCAGAUGAGGAGACCAGUGGAUAUGGGGGAGGAUCACCGACAAGGCAGUCCUACCGGCCCCAGCCGUUCUCAGCUCACGGAAGCCCAGGUGGAGACCUAUCCGACGAGGAACUAUGCCCAUCAAAUGGGAAUGGACAUGGGCAUGGUCUCCACGGGCCAGGAUCACAGUCAGCUCCACCAGGACUCGAGCCGCUCUGCCUCACCGGGGGGCACAUGGAGUUCUCCCUACCACCUCAACAACAGCAGCAACAACAACAACAACAACCACCAUACGCGAGAAGCCGAUCGGGGUCGUGCACGUCAAGAAGGUCACAAUUCCGGUCUGAGCCACCGCAACUAUGCCACUAUGUCCCCCAGCUACAUUCAUCGCAACCCCAGAUAUACCACGCAGCAGCUGCAGCGGCGGGCCUCAGCAGGGCCUCUGGGCCAACAGGGGGAUCGCAGCAGUUCUAUGGGGGAGACAACGGUCUCAUCCACCAGCCGGGAGAGUGUUUUAUCUCCAGCGGACAUUCGCACCAGACGCUCUUCGGGGGUCCAGGGGCAGCCGUUGGCCCUAUCGGUAGCCAGCAACUCUCAAUCCCACAAUGCCACACUAGUCCAUUAUAACAAUACGAGUACCUAUUCGAUGUCUAAAUCGGUGAGUACCGGAACCGAUCUGUCGGAUGAUAUUGCGGAUAACAUUAUCUACUCGGACAUUAACGAUCUCUACCAGCGGAAGCAGCGGGCUUCGGCACAGCUUACCGGAGGAA